GGAGUUGAAUGAAAUGUUGUUUUAGGUGCUCACAGGGUCGAAAUAUUAGAGAGCAACCUCUAUUUCCAAAUACAGUGUUCCUGUACUCAUUAUUCACAGAACACGUGUGUCAGAAGUUUUCAUAGGGACUAUUUCAUGGAUAGCAAGUAGUUCUAAUGAAAAUCGUCCACAUUGUCUUUUUUUAACAUAUAUUAUAUCCAUCUUGGCAAUGUAAACUAUACAGUGUCUGGAAGAUACAAUAGAAGCAAUAACUAGAUAGAGAAUAAGAGAAAAACAGGGAGGAAGAGAUGGGGAACGUUAUCCACAGUGGAUAGUGGUAGUUUGAAAGAGGCGGAGAUGUAGGGAGGACAACAAUGGAGUGGGAGAUUGAAUGAUGUAAUGAAAGAGUUGAUCAUUAGGAGCUGGAGAAAAAACAAGCUGAUGGGAGGAAGUGUGUGGAGAGGAACAAGAGGAGGAGAGAGAGGGAGGGCAACAGGAGAGAUGAUGGGCACGGAGAAGAAAAGAGAUAAAUAUCUCAUCUCAAGAAAAAGACAAUCAGAGUGCUGCUAGACUUCUGCAGCUCUCUGUUCAGAUGCACAGUCACUAUCUCUGAUGAUGGUGGAGACACUGGAAGCAGCCGACCUCUGCGUCCCCCCCCUCAACAACUCCUGCAGGUCAAUGUCUGUUACUCCCAAGGCCAUGCUCAUCAAAACACUGCUGUACUGCAUCACUCUGCACACUGUGAUGCUCAACUUGUUGGUCAUCAUCUCCAUCUCUCACUUCAGGCAGCUCCACACCCCCACCAAUCUCAUCCUCCUCUCCCUGGCUGUGUCAGACUUGCUCGUGGGCCUUGCAGUGAUGCCACCUGCAAUCUUCUUCCUGCAGUCCUGCUGGUUUAUGGGUAAAAUCACAUGUGCUCUUUCAUACCUGUUGAGCUUCAUCCUCACCUCUGCCUCUGUUGGGAACAUGGUGCUCAUAGCAGUGGACCGCUUUGUGGCUAUUUGUGACCCUCUCCACUAUUCUUCCAUAAUAACACAAAGCAGAGUUAAAAUCUGUGUGUCUCUGUGUUGGUUUUGUUCUGUUAUCUACAACUUUAUAAUACUGAAAGAUUAUUUUUCACAAAUACAUUUGUCGUAUUCCUGCUAUCAAGAAUGUGUAGUUAUCAUAAGCUACAUUUCAGGGACAGUAGACUUGCUCCUCACCUUUUUUGGCCCUAUUACUGUUAUCAUAGUUCUCUAUAUGAGAGUGUUUGUGGUAGCUGUGUCACAGGCACGUGUCAUGCGGUCUCAAAUUUCAGCUGUCAACUCAAAAACUGUGAUUGUUAAGAAAUCUGAGAUGAGGGCUGCUAGAACUCUUGGUAUUAUCCUUCUUGUGUUUAUACUUUGUUAUCUUCCAUACUACUCUCCUUUCAUAGCAGGACAGGAUGCCACAGGCGGUGUCAAUUCAUCACUUCAAAUUUGGCUGUUCUAUUGUAACUCCAGUUUUAAUCCUCUGAUCUAUGCCUUUUUCUACCCCUGGUUUAGAAAAGGGGUUAAACUCAUUGUCAGCCUUCAGAUACUGCAGCCAGGUUCCUGUGAUGUCAAGAUAAUGUAGAGAUAAGCAAUAUAAUGUAUAUAUACUGACUCAUUUUAUGAAGGUGAAUUCAAUAUAACUGAUGGUGAAGUAAAUGUAUUUGUUUUUGUCAACUGUAUGCUCUAUCAGUUCACAAUCAUUUUUAAUCAAUAUGGUGAAAGCACAAUGUUGUGACAUAUAAAUGUAUUUACUUUGGUAGGGCAAAAAGAAAUGUAUUCAAGAUGUAAACCACUAUACUUUAGAAACAACCUUUGCCAGUGAAGAUGAUGGAGUUAUUUAUAAUACCCUUGGUUUAGAAAAGCUAUUGAAUAUACAGUUUCCCAAAA